GUGUAGGCUGGGUGUAAGAGUGCUUGGAAAGUUCGAAAAAGUACAACAAUAAAUUUUAGAAAUUUACAAAGUUUAUAUAAAAGCUUAGCAAGUUUCAAUAUUUGAAACUAUUUAAAUUUUUUAAUUUAAAUUACGCGAUGUGAAACAAUUGAAAUUUUUUUUGUAAUAUUAUAACUACACUUCAUAUCAAAUGGUGACCUAAAAUUGUUUUGAAUAAUCAAUGUGAUAUAAAACAGAGAAAUAAUAAAAAACAAUAUGCCUAUUCUAUUUAGUGCUGUAGCCUGUGAUAAAAUUAUAAAAUCGAAAUAUGCUUCUUGUGAUGGGAACUUCACGGAGAUAAUAGAGGAGGUGAUGUUGAGACUUCCAUCCGGGAGAGGAAAGAUGACAUAUUUCCAUGGACAUUAUUUGUUCCACUAUAUCAUAGAAGAUGUUUAUUUCUAUUUUUGCGUCACGGACAAGCGAUGCCAACGCUCCAGAGCAUUUUUAUUCCUAAACGAAAUUCAAAGAAAAUUUAAAUCAAGAGGCAAAGAUGAUUUCGCUGACAUCUUAGCAGCUGAAAUGUAUCGAUACAGUGAAGACUAUAACACUAUCACGAUAAGGCAGGGAGAAAUUGACGAAUUAAAUAGUAUUGGAGUGGAUAGUAGUGAAACAAUAUUGGGAGAAAAAAUACUAUUGAUUAAUAACACGGAAAAUUUAACUUAUUUCAGUACUAUUUCGUACGUAAGAAAAACGCCAGAAAAAGUCGAGAUUUCAAGGAAGAAUUGCAGAAGCAUGUUAUACAUAACCGUUAUAGUAAUUUUAGUUCUUAUUUUAGGUUUUAGUAUUUACAGUUUAGAACCAAUGACUUGCGUCAUCAUAACAUGCAUAUUUAUAAUAUACUUUAUACGUUUUGUAAGAAAUAAAACUGAGUAAAAUAAAAUAUUUCUUAGUGUUAUUUUGU